CUCAAUUUUUGUUGCUGUUUUGUUGAUUAUUUCGAGAAAUUAAAUUGUUAAACAUUUUUCCUGUUCUUUUCUAUUCCUCCAGAUCUUGUAAUUGUCAUUGAAUUUGUAUUCUUUUCAUCAUAAGUUACCUAUUGAACCACCACAUGGUUUAUUUUUGAAAUUUGUAUCAAAUUUAAUUGCUGUUUAAUUAUGAGCCGUAGAUCUCGAGAUCUUUUGUCAUUUGGGUCUAAUACUUUGUCUGAUUCUUUAUUGGUUGUUAACAAACCCUCGUCUUCCCGAAAGCGACAAAAACGUGAAUUAAACACUACUAAGGUUGAGUGUGAACUUUUACCUGCUAUUCAAAAUUUUCUUGCCAAGGUUAAAGCUGAAGCAAACAAAGGCCUAGAAGAUUGUACUUCAUCUUCUCAAGGGUCAACCUCUUCUUCGGGUUCAUCAGCAGCAUCAACAUCUACUGCCUCAUCUUCAAUCAUACCCUCAGGUUCAUCUUUCCAUUCAGCCUCGACUCAUACAACUACAUCAUCUUCAUCGGGUUCAGAGGAAACUACUUCAUCCUCCGAAGAAGAAUCAAGUCAACAAGUUGAAUUAAACGUUCUAUUCUAUAAACGUGAUCAUAAUUCCUCCGAUUCGAGUAGUAGUUCCUCUUCUGAAAGUGAUUCUGACACUGAUUGAUUGGACCCACAUAAUUACAUCUCUUACCAACCUAAAUCUAUCUUCUAAUUUGACUUUAUAAUAUAUAAUUUUUCCCUCUAAAUAGUUAA